CUGAGCUGUUUACUAUGCCUGCGUUCCAAUGUCGGUUGUUAGGCUUCCUCGUUGACUUGAUCUGUAAGAAGCGCUAGAACCGCUACACCUACAACUAUUGGCCGAACCAUUAUUGCUUGGGCAGGAAGUGAACAAGGGAAGGUUUGUUCCAUUUAUCACUUCCACUCCUCCCACAUUUUCUCUCCGCCGUAUACCAAGUGACGAAGGGAAGUCAACGACGGUGACUUUCAACCACUAUUGGAAGGCAACCUGUAAGUAUCAAUGAAGGCUGUUAUUCUCGCUGCUGGCUACGGAACUAGGCUCCAGAGGGAUGUAGCGGCCGACACUAGCGGGCGCUUCGCUCACCUGGUCGGUGUAGCCAAACCUCUACUGCCGUUGGGGAGCUGUGCCUUGGUCACCCACUGGGUCCGUGCCCUGAGUGCGUCGAACUGCGUGACCAGUAUCUUUGUCGUUACUAACGCUCUCUAUCUGUCUGCAUUUGAACAAUGGGCCGCACAGUUUUCAAAUGUCAAGAUUGUCAGCGAUGGGACAAGAAGCAAUGAUGAACGCCUCGGUGCCGUGGCCUGCUUGCAGUUUGCAGUAAUGCAUUUCAAGAUAGAAGACCAUGUUGUCGUCAUUGGAGGCGACACCCUCUUCAAAGAGGAUUUCAGCCUUAGUCAAAUUAACACAAGGUUUUCUGAGCUCCAGGCUCAGUGUGAGGACAACUGUAUGAUGCUCUACUAUCAGUGCAAAGAUGAUGAAACUCAAAAAUACGGAAUAGUGGAAGUUGACAGUGACCUUCGAGCUACAUGUAUGAAGGAAAAACCUCUGCCCUCCGAGACAAAGUCAAGAAGAGCAUGUCCUUGUUUUUAUGUGUUAUCAAAGAAAACCCUACCUUUGUUGGACACCUUCCUUGAGGAAAAAAGGAAUGCUCUUAUUCAGGAAAAAGAUGCUCCUGGAAACUUUGUGUCCUGGCUCAUUCCAAGAAGGCCAGUAUAUAUACAUCAUAUCUCUGGGCGUUUCGAUGUUGGAAACUUACAGUCCUAUAUUGAGUGUGACAUUUAUUUCAAAGAACACUUGCAUAACACCAAGACAUAUAUGAUGUAGAGCACCAUUUCCCAGACUUUACUAGGCUGGGGCACAUCUUUUAGAUUAGACAAAUUUCACGGCACACUACAAAACAAAGGCAGCAUGUGGAUAUAGAAAUUAUGUACCACCUGCCAUCGAGCAGAAGAGCAUUUAACUGUUCUGCUUGUCACUAUAUGUGACUGGCAUAGAUAAACCAAGAUACCGUGUUUGUAGUGAAAUUGAAAAAUUUACUGUGGCACUCUUCGUCUUCUAUGGUGCACAAUGUGUCGCAGCACAGAGUUUGGGAGAGGAAAUCAACUGGGACAAUAGCUAUAGAAUCACUCAAACAUUACCAAAGACAUGACAUGAUAUUUGGGACUUGAAGCAUUAAAAUGAUUUUCAGCAGAAAUCAAUAUAUCUACUCAGCGAGGAGCCUUUUGCAUCUGUCGGAGGCCUUCUCGCGUUUGUUCUCCAUCUUUGCAAUACGGGAGCCGAACUGCAUGGCUCUCUUGGGUAAGACCGCUGACGAGCUGAGGCCGAGUUCUUUGGCAGCAAGUCUGAGGAGGAGUUUCUCUCCAACACCUCGAGGAAGUGACAGGUCUGCCUUCUCCCACAUGGGCAGAGAAUUCAAAUAACUCACCACACUCUCGUCCAAGUAAGGAAAUCUGAGAACGUCAGUGAAUUAUGUUCAACAAAACCGUAAUAUUUACAAGUACAGUGUAAAUGUGUAUUUUGGAAUAAAUUCUAACAAUAUUUUGAUAAUGUAAUUGACACCAAUUGUAUUCAGCUUACUAACGAUGUACAAAAACUUACCUCGCCUCUUUUCCAUGGUCUGCAAUCACUCGGUCAUCUCUGCCCAAAUUCCUGGAGGAAAUCCUACCCAACUCCAUAGCAAUUUCCUGGAUCAGUCCUUCAUGUCCUGAUGCCUUGAAUAUCAUUCUGUGUCUUGAGUAACCUGCUAGCUGCUCAUCUGCUCCAAUUCCUGUCAAUAUGACCUGUCAUCAUACAUACGUAAAUAGACAUUGAGAAGAAGAGAUGUGCUCAAUAGAUUUAUAUAAAAACCAUACCACUUGUUCUAUGGUGCAUCAUAAAAGUAGAAUUAAAUUUUUAAUCAAUGAGUUAAGAUCCCCAGUUCAAAGUUUAUACAGUACAUGUUUGUAGGGAUGGGUACCUUGGCUGAUGAGGUAAAGACUUUCUGGUCAUCAUUCUCUGUGAUGAACCCUGUGCCUCUUGCCGCAAACCACACUGCACAGCCAAUGCUGUCGUCAAGCACCGUGUCCAAGGGAUGCACUAAGUGGCAGAUGCGUCCGUGUCGCAUUCUCUGCAGCUCCUCCUGUGUUACAUUGAUUUCCACAAAAUUCCAUCUUCUUUCAGGAGCCAAGUCUUGUAACUCCUUGAGCCCAGAUUUGCCUGUGAUUCUGUCUGGGACAUCAAAAGAACUGAAUGCCUGUGAUUCAGUUCCAUCAGUCUGUCCACUGUGAGACAGCUUAUUUUUGUGUUUUUGUUUCUUUGCUGGCUCUUUCUGUACCUUUGGCUCCUGAAGUUGAAAUGCUACGUUUAGAAGAUCUAUGGGAUGAUGAGCAGGUAUGUGACAAUUAGCCAAAACCGCUAGAAUCAUAGAAUCGAUGCCACCUGAAAAAAGUAUGGCAACAGUGGCCUCGUCUUUGGUCUCUGAGUCAUCCUGUAUGCUAAGUGGCAUCGAUUGAACGCGUCUUCUUACUGCUUCGCUGAGAAUAUCAAUAAGCCCUUUCACUUCAUUGUUUUUCUUGACUUUGGUUAAAAGCUGAUCCAGCUCAUCAACACUGGAAUACGGCUUUACAUCUAUUUCAUGCUCAUUCAACGUCUUUGGGGUCAACCUACUGAGAGGACAAAUAGGUGACCUGAGCAGACCUGACGGGUUGACCAAAAUUGUACAGCUGCUGGGGACAGAUUCCCACAUAGUUUGAUAGUUAGAAACAUCAUCUUCUGCAUGAGCCCAGGCAUGAAGCUCUAUUGAAAGCAAUCCAGAUUCAAAAACUGCCUUCAAGUCAAUCCUGUACACGCCAACUGCUGGAACUUCUUGCCAUGCAGACUGACCAGGUCCACAAGUGUUGCUUGCCACAGAGGUCAGAGUCAGGGUCUUUAUUUCCGCAUCAUAUUUCCACAGCAAACUCCGUCUGCCAAAGUAAUCUCUCCCAAACCACAGGUACUCUUCAGAUUUUUGGUAGUAAGCAAACGCCCACGGUCCCCUUAUAGUAGAAAGGACAGACAAAAUCUCGGAAGAGGUGCUGCAGGAUGACAGACACUUCAAGACAACAGCCGUGUCAUUCUGGGAUGGCAAUACUUGUAAACCUCCAAAAAUCUCUCCAUUCCACACCAAGAUAUUUCCAGUUGUGUCCUCAAUUGGCUGAGGUGUCAGAAGACCUCUCAUGUGAAGAACAUGGGCUGAAAAGAAGCACUGAUAAUGAUGAUUUGACCCCGUAGCUAUGCAAUCCUUGCUUGAGUUGGGCCCUCUUCUUUUCAAAUGUUCAGACAAGUCAUUGUCUCGCUUGAAAUGAGCAGGCGAUAGACUCAAAACACAAAAGAUGCCACACAUGGUUGGAGGGAUGGUCUGCUUUACAUAUACUGCAAAUCCUUCUUCAUGCUCUCCAGUUUCUCUGCGGACAAAGGUACAUUUCUUAUCAUUCACAUAUGCACUACUACAGGUGGUCCUGGGGUUCUGAACGAGUUCCAUUCCUACAGCGCAGUGUAAGUCAGAAUUCAUACUUAAAUAUUCAUACCCAAAUUACCACUCACAUUGUACAUAGAACACAUGAAGGUCAUAAAACACAGUAAACUCAGACAGCCCUAUUUAAAUUUGGAUUGUGCGUGUGGUACCAGCAUUUGGGACAGGAGAGUGGCCGUGAAUGAAAAAUUAUGUUUGAAGCCAUGGAGUAGGAGGUCUUGGUGGAGGAGACAUCACCUCAUCAUAAUAAUGCUAUAUUAUAUGUUGUGUUUUGUCAAUGAAUGUACAUUUUACACUACAACAUGUAAAUAUGUGUUUUGCACUAUUAAACAAUGAAAUUUAUGAUUCAUUAGGUUAUCAUAUUCAUGUGAACAUGUGGAAAAUGACCUUUUUUAACGUUAUCUACGCACGCGUGAUAGCUGCAUAUCCAUUUGAAAUCCACACUAUUACGCUAAAGGACAAGACAGGAGUGCACAGCUCGUUAUUAUACCGCCACUAACUAUUUAUUCUUCCGCCAUGACUAGUCCUCGAGUGAGCGUCGUGUUGACAGAUGGAAAUUUUGUUUUUAAUUUAUGGGAGCGCAUACAUAAACAGGGAACGUCGUAAACCGAGGACCAUCUAUAAUAACAUUUUAGGCGUGAAAGGACUUACUCUUGCAUGAACUCAAGGUCUGUCCUCUGUCAGCCAGGAAGAAUAUGUUGCUGUUUCUUUGCUGGACAUACACUUUCUAAAGGGGAAAUGUAAAUAAUAAGCACAUGAAUACAAAAACGCAUUACAGAUCACCACUGUUUUCCCAUAGGUGUGUCUAAAUCAAUUUGAAGACUUAGUACAUUCAAGAUGUUUUCUCUUUAAAGAAGAAUGCAGCACAUUUCGGCAGACUCACCCUGUUCUUCUUCAAAUUACACAGCUCGUCCACAGCCACCUUUUGCUCCUUGAUCUAACAAUUACAAUACAAACAUGAAAUAAGAGAUCAACUAUACUAUAAAGGUCCUGUGUGAAUGAAUUAUCAGUAAUAGAUCAGCAAACUGAAUGUGCACAUGCUACCACGUGAUGUUCAUGAAACAUGUUAAACAAGUCUGAAACAAAUAAACAAUACCAUAACUAUUGGUUAUCCAUAAUCAUAUAAUAACCGUAUAGUAUAUAUGUCAGAAUAAAGAAUUACAUUAAUCGAUUAGAAUAAACUCACGUUAACCAUUAGCUUGUUCUGGCUGAUGUUUAGUUCAGUACCUGUCUGUUCAGCUCGUCCUUUAGUUCACACCUUCCUUCUAAAUUGUCGUCAUUAUUGUAGACUUUUGAAGACAUUUUAGCUAGGAAAAAAACCCGUGGGUGAUAAAAAUAGAUGAGUAGUGUUAGUAGUUCAAGCUAGCUAACCCAUGAACAAUAUUAACAUAUGGACAGUCGUAAACGCUUCCGGGUUGGCAGUUCCUGCUUCCUGUUUGUCUCUUUUUAUUUUUUAUUUCUUAUGUUAUGUGUGUUGUAAUAUCAUUUUGGUUGAUUAUCUGUAAGACUCUCACUCUGUAAUUUCUUGACUGGAUUUA